UUUGGCUCAACUUCGUCCGGGUGUAAAAACAUUUGCAGAUUCCCAGUUUGUGACCAACUCGUCCCUGCGUUUGCGUCGUUUACGUCAUAAGCAGCAGUUUCCAGCUGAUGCUUCACUCACUGUAACUUUUUGGCUCCGGGAGUGAUUUGCAGCGGGACCUUCACGCUUCCGGCGUUCUACGUUCUGUUGUUCCUGACUGGACUCCGCGUUGUUCCGUGUGGAUGCUGUUGUGCAGAGUUCUUGUGACAUUCAUUGCGUGCUGGUGUCGGUGCCAGGUGGUGCUGCAGUAACUGGGUCUCGGCAGGGACGGUGAAGUGGUUCCGUUCCGUUCCUCUGACGGGUCGAACCACGGUCACUCAGUUCUGUGAACUCGCCUCCAGUCACAGCCCCUCUUUCUGAGCUCUGGAUUUGACCUUUGACCCUUCAGCACCCUGUGAUGCUCCUAACACAGCCUCGCAGUCAUCGUCGCCACACACCUCGACAUGGUCAGCCGUCCCCUCGGUGACCGACCUGUCCAGCACAGCUCCCUCCGCCCCUCCCUGCUCCCGUCCAAUCAGCUGCUGCGAUGCACGUGAUGGGCAGCGUCUCACCGGCCAAUGAGAGGGAGGCCUUUUCCUUCGAGGCGGACGGCGUUGCCGCUGUGGUGCAAUCAUCUCCUCCUUCUCCUGCUCCAUUGAGGUCCUUUGACCUCAAAGGCAACCAUAGUGCUCCCCCACCUCCUCCACCUCCUCCCCCACCUCCACCUCCACCAUUUGCAGGUCCUGCAGAACCAGAGGGACGGAACCAGAAGAAGAAGAGGGUGAGGAGUUUCUUCUGGAAAGCGAUUCCAGAGGAGCAGGUGAAGGGACGACCCAACCUGUGGACUCAGGGCCGAGAGCAGCAGCAGUAUCAGAUCGACAUCCACACCGUUGAGGAGCUGUUUGGUCAAAACGACUGUCAAACAGAGAGCAAGGCCACGCUGAGCCGGGGAGGAAACAGGAGCUCCCUGAGAGAAACCAGAGAGGAGGUUUCUAUUCUGGACUCCAAGCGAGGAAUGAACAUUGGGAUUUUCCUCAAACAGUUCAAGAAGUCCACUCAGAUGAUCAUAGACGAUGUUUGCAACGGAAACAGUGAACCGUACGGAGCAGAACCUCUGCGAGAGCUGCUCAAACUGCUGCCGGACCCUGAGGAGGUGAAGAAGCUGAAGGCGUUUACAGGAGACGUCUCUAAACUGCCCAUGGCCGACUCCUUCGUGUACCAGCUGGUUCUGCUCCCCAGUUACUCGGUUCGCAUCGAGUCCAUGCUGUUAAAGGAGGAGUUUCCCGCGGCGUGUGAAGCGAUGACGCAAGACAUUGGGGUCCUCCGCUGGGCCACCAAAGAGUUAAUGUGCUGUGAUGAGCUUCACGCUGUUCUCCACCUGGUGCUGCAGGCUGGAAACAUCCUCAAUGCUGGAGGUUACGCAGGAAACGCCGCGGGCUUCAAGCUCUCGUCUCUUCUGGCUCUGGCCGACACCAAGGCCAACAAACCGGGCAUGAACCUGCUGCACUUUGUCGCUCUGGAAGCUCAGAAAAAAGACGAGAAGCUGUUGGAGUUUCCCCUGAAGUUACCUCACAUUCAGGCUGCAGCCAGGAUUUCAAUAGAAACACUGGACGCUGAGCUGCAGUGGAUAACGGGCCGCACGCAUGCUGUGGAGGAGAGCGUCCAGAGGGACACGGAGCUGCUGCAGCAGCUGGACGGCUUCCUGCAGGCUGCCGCCGCCUCCCUCUGCUCGCUGCGCCGCGGCCGGCAGCAGCUCAGGAAGGAGGGCAGCGAGCUCAUUGACUUCUUCUGCGAGGACAGAGACGGCUUCAGGCUGGACGACUGCUUCAGCAUCUUCCACACCUUCUGCUCCAGGUUCACGCGCGCUGUCAAGGAGAACAUGGAGCGGGAGGCCAGAGAGGCAGCUUACCGUCGGCGCCUGCAGCAGGUGGAGGAGCAGAAGAGGCAUUCGUGGGCAGGAGGCGAGGAGACGGUGGGAGCCUUCAGGUUGCACUGCAGCAGUGAGAGCGACAUGGCUCAGCACGGCAAGGCCGGGCUGCUGAUGAAGCCCCACGCGCCCCUGCUCUGGGGAAGCCUGCGGCGCUCCCGCAGGGCGCCCUCCGACUCGCCAUCUGUUGCCGCAGAACGGGAUCUGAGCGCCUUCCUGCACAUGGCAGCUCACGGCCGCAAAGGCGCCCAGCAGAGAGGAGGGGACACGAGGACGGCGUGGUCUUUAGCCUUGUGUGAUUCUGAACCUGGACUCUCACCUCAGACACGAGCCCAGAGCUCAAAGUUCACAUUGAACUUCCCUCCAGAGAGUCAAGUGGCGCCGCAGAGAACGUCUCCCAGGGGCUUAAGAACCACAAACUCAGCCAAAACAACCAGCAGGAACCUCAGCCGUGACGCAACACAGGCGCCCGGAGAUGCAGUCAAAGCUACCUCUGACUCACACCAGCACUGCGACCACAACAACAAUGACCAUGAUCAGGUCCGUCUGGGGUUCAUCACACCUUCAGACCCCAGUCCGUCUGCUGUGAGCGGUGAAGCAGCCACAGAGGCUGCUCUGGACUGUGGACACGGCACCGCCGCUCCUGGAACCAUGUCUGUGGUUUUAGAGACGCGCACGCUGGUUCCUGAGCUGAAGGUGUUUGAUGUCACCCACAGCAGCAGCAACAGAGGGAGUCACGGCGCUCACCUGGAUGAUGUCAUCAGCGAUCUGGAAGGAGGACUAGACACAGGCAGAGAGCACAGGGUGCGGAAUCCGUCCCACACUGGGAACGCAGAGCAAAGAGAAGACGACAAAGGACGGGCGGAGGAGGUGGUGGUGUGGUGCGUGACAGGUGUGUGCAAAGCAGCCGAGGAGCUCACACACGCUGCAGGUACAGGUGCACACACUGGGAGGCAGCGGUGCCGAAGCCACGCUCAGGGAGGAAACCGGCGAAUUUCCUCUGUGGCGUCCAAACCUUCAGGAGCGGCGCCGGCCGACAGGAAACCAGUGCCCAUCAGCAGCCAACCAGUGCCCAUCAGCAGCCAACCAGUGCCCGUGUCCCGCUGCGACGACCUGUCACCGCACGCGUCCUCACCUGGAUGGAGUCCCACGAAGCCCGGGUCAGCCCAGGAAGCUGCCCUCACCCCAGCAGCCUCUGACCAGGGCCCAGAGGCGGGGGGAGGGGAGGAGGCGGAGCCCACAGCUCAGCACACGACCCCCGCAAACACAGAGCCGUCCUACACCAGGAAAAGGGUGGAGUCCUCGUCUUCAAAGCCCUCCACCAAGACCCGUAGAGCUCAGCCCACGGCAGUGAAACCCACCACCACGUCCGCCAGCAAAUCCAAGCCCGUCCGCACCCUCACCAGCUCCGAGAGCCAGGGCAUGAGGCGCGUUGUUCCCAUCUCCCGCAAUCGCACUGCUCCGUCCACGGGCACGACUUUAGAGGGCACGACUCCAGCAGGUCUGAGCCCGAGGAGCGCUUCAUUCCGACGCGAGAGGCCCUCGACGGCGCCCUCAUCCCGACGCUCCAGCAUCAACAAGGCGGCCGACCCGAAAGACUCCAGAGAGCAGAAGGCGUCUCCACGACACCAGAACCAGGAGCUGCAGAGGAGGCAGUCGGUGCAGAGGCCCCCAGCAAAAACCACGGCUCCACCAGAGGAGAAGAUGUGCCGCUCCACGCUGCGGGCGCUCACUCUGGCUGGAGGCGGAGGUGGGGGCGAUGGCGGAGGCGGGGGCGGAGGCAGAGGCAGCGUCAGCGCCCCCGUCACCCCUCUGCACAGAGGCACCAACCGUCCGGCCUCGCCGCUUCCAGGCUUCGCCAGAAGCACGGCGUCGUCGUCCUUCAGACGGACCUCCACCGUCCUCGCUCCCAAAGCGGCUCCUCGCUUAGACUCCUCCCCCACGCCCUCCUCCACCGCCCCCAAACCCGGGAGCUGCUCGCCCAUGGGUCGGACCGGCUCGCUGAGAGGCUCCUCCACCAGCAGGGCUGCGGAUGCUCUCACCCCCCAGAGAUCUCAGAGCAUCCGGGUUCGUCCGGACUCCCCUCUGCAGAAGGCGCCACCUAAAGGUCAGCAGAGGAAAGACACGUGCAGCUUCUCAGACCAGUCCGCUCGCUCUAGGGACUCAGCCAAGACCCCUAGAGCCACCUGCAGAUAACGCAGGACGCGUGUGGAGUCCGGCGCUGCAGCCGUCGUUGAGGCACUCAGCUAAGUUUCCUUUGAAUGCGGAAACAACAGGGUCGCAUUCCCAUAUGAUGGAUUCUUCCAUCUUAAAGAUCGACUGCUGAUCUGAUUUUAGGUGCAUGAUGUGCUGUGAAAGACAAGAGAAACUGCAUUGCAAUAUAUUCUGUCCCCCAAGUAUUUUAACAUUUUCGAUUAAGGUCCUAAUUGUAAAUCUAUUGAAAUACAAAAUGCAAGGAGUCAAAUAGACAAAGUGUCUCUAAACACAUGAAUGUGCAGUUCUUCUGUUGAGUCACAGCAGGUUAAACCAUGUUUCACAAUGGGAGCCAUAGGUGACCUUCAUGUAGUCACAUGGGCCGACCGUAUGAGAGCGUGCUGAGCUCUGAGUUCGUACCGCAUCCACUCCUGCUGCACCGUCUCAAGGCUCUCAGGCUUCUUAUGCCCUCAGAUCAGGAAUGAAUGUGUUUAUUGCACAGCUCAGUUAUUGGGUCAGGAUUGUGGGAUUUCAUUUCUUCCUUUAUCGGUUUUAGUAGAUGAGCAUGAAGUAGGAGGUACGGGCAUUCACCCCAAGCUACAACUUCAUCCAAACAUGAAGCUACUUCAGUAAAGGGAAGUCUACUCCAUGAUGUGAUUGGAUGAAUGUUUCAGCACUGAACCUUUUUUACUGAGACUAAUUUAAACUCUGACAUCGCUCUUGUAUACAAAUAAACUAGACUUUUACUCAGGUAAAUCCUGUCUGAGCACUAAUAACUACACGCAGGAUGCCCACGUUGUCCUGGGAGCAGCAUGUGUCUGUUCAAGGGAGGAAUAAAGGUCAGUAUCUACAAACUAGUGAGGAGACUUUAUUCGGAAUGUGACCAAGUGCAGUGUUUAUGGAUGAGACUGAAUCCCAGCUCGGUGAACUGAACCACAGUGUGUGUCGUCACCAACCAAGCUGCUGCAUCUCUUCACAUCCGGCUGAUCUGAAGUAGAAAAAGAUUAAUAUGUUAAAACACUGGGAAUCGCGUAGUUUAAAAAUGUGAUUAGAAAAAACAAGGAGACGAAAGCAUCUCUGAUUCUCUGAGACAGUGGCAGGUUUUUUCAUGCGAGGAUGUUUGUGUCUUUAUGUAUGUAUGUAGGUAAUAAUUGAUAUAAAUACUCUGUCUGAUAAAUAAUAAAGACUUAUUUCUUCAACACA